AAAAGAAAAAGACAAAAAUCGAGGUUUGCGCGUUUGCCGCUUCACAAAAAAGCUGUGGUUUUUCCAACAACUCUUCACUCUUGCAAAAAAAAAAUAAUAAACCAUUAAUUUUAUGAAAUAAAAACUUAACUAAUUAUUUGUUUAUAAUUCUAUAUUUGUUACAAAUUUAUAUAUAUUUUGAAAUUUUGUAAAAAUGUCUAAUGAAGAAGAAGCCCCAAAUUUGGCUGAAGCCAAUGAAAAUUCGAAUGAAACAACUUCGGAAGAAACAAAUUCGUCAGCUGAAAAAGAAGUCGAAUUCGACAACAAAAUCGAAACAGAUCGCAGCAAAAGAUUCGACUUCUUGUUGAAACAAACUGAAAUUUUCACACAUUUUAUGACAAAUAGUGCGACAAAAAGUCCACAAAAGUCGAAAGCCGGUCGUCCAAAGAAGCCCAAAGAUCCAAAGGAAAAAAAGGAAAAAUGUGUUGAUGAUGAUGGCAAGGAUAAAGAAGGUGCCGAUCAUCGUCAUCGUAAAACCGAACAAGAAGAAGACGAAGAAUUACUCGCUGAAGAUUCACAUUCCAAAGAUGUAUUUCGUUUUGAAUCAUCUCCAAGUUAUAUUAAAAAUGGCGAAUUGAGAGAUUAUCAAGUUCGUGGGCUGAAUUGGAUGAUUUCGCUGUAUGAGAAUGGAAUCAAUGGAAUAUUGGCCGAUGAAAUGGGUUUGGGUAAAACACUGCAAACUAUUUCGUUACUUGGUUAUCUUAAACAUUUUAAAAACCAAGCUGGACCUCACAUUGUUGUCGUACCAAAAUCCACCCUCCAAAAUUGGAUUCUAGAAUUCAAAAAAUGGUGUCCCUCCCUCCGUGCUGUGUGUCUAAUUGGUGACCAAGAGGCCCGUAACACAUUUAUACGUGAAGUCCUAAUGCCCGGCGAAUGGGAUGUCUGUGUUACUUCCUACGAAAUGUGUAUUCGUGAAAAAUCAGUAUUUAAAAAAUUCAACUGGCGUUACAUGGUAAUUGACGAAGCUCAUCGUAUUAAAAAUGAAAAAUCCAAACUUUCAGAAAUUCUACGUGAAUUCAAAACAGCCAAUCGUCUACUUAUUACCGGUACUCCCCUACAAAAUAAUCUCCAUGAAUUGUGGGCUCUAUUGAAUUUCUUGCUGCCCGAUGUCUUCAAUAGCUCUGAAGAUUUCGAUGCCUGGUUCAAUACAAAUACGUUCUUUGGUGACAAUGCCUUGGUUGAACGUUUGCAUGCUGUUUUGAAACCUUUCUUACUUCGACGUUUAAAAUCCGAAGUAGAAAAACGUCUCAAACCGAAAAAAGAAAUUAAGAUUUUUGUUGGUCUAUCGAAAAUGCAACGUGAAUGGUACACUAAAGUUUUAAUGAAAGACAUUGACGUUGUUAAUGGAGCUGGCAAAGUCGAAAAAAUGCGUCUCCAAAAUAUUCUCAUGCAAUUGCGUAAAUGUACCAAUCACCCAUAUCUAUUUGACGGGGCCGAACCUGGUCCACCAUAUACAACCGAUAUGCAUUUAGUUACAAAUGCCGGUAAAAUGGUUAUUCUUGAUAAAUUGCUGCCAAAAUUACAAGAACAAGGCUCUCGAGUACUUAUUUUUAGUCAAAUGACAAGGAUGUUGGAUAUUUUAGAAGAUUACUGUUUGUGGAGAGCCUAUCAAUACUGCCGUUUGGAUGGUCAGACGCCUCAUGAAGAUCGUAAUCGACAAAUUCAAGAAUAUAAUGCUGAAAAUAGCCCCAAAUUCGUCUUUAUGUUGUCCACACGUGCUGGAGGUUUGGGUAUCAAUUUGGCCACAGCUGAUGUGGUUAUUAUUUACGAUUCCGAUUGGAAUCCACAAAUGGAUCUGCAGGCUAUGGAUCGUGCCCAUCGUAUCGGUCAAAAGAAACAGGUUCGUGUAUUCCGAUUUAUCACAGAAAAUACAGUAGAAGAAAAGAUUGUAGAACGAGCUGAAGUCAAGUUGAGAUUGGAUAAGAUGGUUAUUCAGCAAGGACGAUUGGUCGAUAAUCGUACGACCCAAAUGAACAAAGACGAGAUGUUGAAUAUUAUUCGUUUCGGUGCGAAUCAUGUAUUUGCAUCAAAGGAUUCGGAGCUGACCGAUGAAGAUAUCGACACGAUUUUGGAGCGCGGCGAAGCUAAGACCAACGAACAGAAGGCUCAAUAUGACGAAAUGGGUGAAAGUUCAUUGCGUAACUUUACAGUUGAUAAUAAUGGAGAAGGUGGAAACAGUUCGGUUUAUCAGUUUGAGGGUGAAGAUUAUCGAGAGAAACACAAGUUGAAUGUUGUAGGGGCGUGGAUUGAGCCGCCGAAGCGUGAACGUAAAGCCAAUUAUGCUGUGGAUGCUUAUUUCCGUGAGGCUUUGAGAGUUUCCGAGCCUAAAGCCCCUAAAGCACCCCGUCCACCGAAACAGCCAAUUGUGCAGGACUUUCAAUUUUUCCCACCAAGACUUUUUGAGCUUUUAGAUCAAGAAAUUUACUUUUAUCGCAAAACAUUGAACUAUAAGGUUCCGAAAAAUCCCGAACUUGGUUCGGAGGCUUCUAAAGCUCAGAGGGAAGAGCAAAGAAAAAUUGACGAAGCUGAACAAUUAACUGAGGAAGAAAUUUUGGAGAAAGAGACUUUGUUAACUCAGGGUUUUACUAUGUGGACUAAGCGUGAUUUUAAUCAGUUUAUCAAAGCUAAUGAGAAAUAUGGUAGAGAUGAUAUUGAGAAUAUUGCUAAAGAUGUUGAGGGUAAAACUCCGGAGGAAGUUGUUGAAUAUAAUGCGAUAUUUUGGGAGAGGUGUCAUGAGUUGCAGGAUAUUGAGAGAAUUAUGGGACAGAUUGAGAGGGGUGAGGCGAAGAUACAGAGGAGAUUGUCGAUUAAGAAAGCUCUGGAUCAGAAGAUGGCUCGUUAUCGUGCUCCUUUCCAUCAAUUGCGUUUGCAAUAUGGCAAUAAUAAGGGCAAAAACUACACAGAGAAUGAGGAUAGAUUCUUAGUUUGCAUGUUGCAUAAGCUGGGUUUUGAUAAGGAGAAUGUUUAUGAGGAAUUGCGUUCAGCUAUUCGUUUGUCACCACAAUUUCGUUUUGAUUGGUUUAUCAAAUCACGAACAGCUUUAGAAUUGCAAAGACGUUGUAACACUCUGAUUACACUAAUCGAACGUGAAAAUCUCGAGUUGGAGGAAAAAGAACGUCAAGAGAAGAAACGAAAAGCAACAAAAGGACAAGGCACCCCACAACAGACACCAACUGCAUCAAAAUCAAAUCAAAAACGUAAAGCUGAAGUUUUAUCUACAGAAAAAGCAUCAAAGAAGAAAAAGAAGUAGACAGAAGACAGUUAGAGUUUAUUAAUUAAUAAAUAAUAAAAAAAAAGAGAUAACAAUUUUUAGUGGACAAACAAAAAUAAGCGCCUAUGUAUUUUUUAUUCUUCAUACUCUCUCCAAUAUAUAAAUGUCAUAAACAUUUUUUUUUUAUACUCAAUCAGUGUUUUUAAGUUAUUUGUUAUUAUUCCGUAUAGUAUUUGGUUAUUACAUAUUAAAAUUACAAAAAUGUCAUAUUUUAAAAUGCUUAAAGUAUCUCGCUUUACGAAUAUUGAUCGAAAGGAUUUAUAAGUUAAAUUAUGGAAUAAACCGAACUAU